GUGUGUGUUGAUCAAAGAUUUCUUAUUCUUGCUGAAUGGAAAAAAAAAAGUCUUUUGCUGGUGUUGGCUGUGUGUCAGAGGGAGGACGUCUCCUGCUGUAUCGCCCUCAUUGCAAAAGCGUCUGAUGCUUCCCUUUUCAUCUGGAGAUGUUUGAGAUAAGAGUGAGCGGGCGCUUCAGCAUGGCAGCUCGUCUGCUGCUCCUCUGCUGUGUCUCUACUCUGAGAACUUCUCUCUCGUCCGUGGUGCAUCAGUCCCCCGACUUCAUCUCUGUAUCCGUCGGUGACUCUUUUAAACUAAAAUGUAGUCGUGAUCUACCGAUAGCAUAUUGUUACACCUCAUUCUCCUGGUAUAAAGUCAACCCAAGAAGUGGAAAACUAGAUGAUAUCAGUAAAGAUAAUAAAGACCAGGCUGAAGAUGAUAAAUUAUCGUGUACCAGGACAAUCUUUAAUGCCCGAGUUCAAGACUCAGGUACUUACUACUGCGCAUCUAUACAUGAUAAAAUGUUGUUUAUUGGAACUGGAACCAGAGUCGUUGUCACAGACACGGGUCCCGUAAAGCCGACUGUGGUUCUGUACGCCCCGGUGCACGUGGAGGUGGAGGAGGAGAUGGAGUUGGAGGUGGAGGAGGACGCUCCCUCUGUUCUCCUGCAGUGUGUGGUGAUGGACGUCGUUCCCUCUCAGGUCAAAGUAUCAUGGUUGGUUGAUGAAGACGAGCGCACAGGAUGGACAGAUUCAGACUGGACAGGACAUGACAAUGCAGCCUCAGAAAACACUAGAGCUCAAAUCAGAGUCUCUGUAAAGGAAUGGAUGGACGCGACCAUCCAGUGUGUCGUGAAGUAUAAAAACCAGACCGUGUACCAAACCAUGCCACCGCGAAAUCACUCAGACUCGUGCACAUGGCUGCUGUAUGGAGGCUGCGGUGUCGCCGUCUUCACAAUCGCUGUGGCGAUCACUGUGGCUUUGUGUUUAAGAAAAGAGAAGAGAACAUUUCCAAUUAAAAGGCGUGGCGUCGGUGUGGAUGUUCAGCGUAAACACCGAGCUGAGGGAAAACAGGAAACGCUCAGGAACCAUCUACAGAAAUCUCCUAUGGAAGUGGAAUAUUCCAGUUUGAACCACGAAAUCUUCAAACGGCCACCGGCUGCUCCUCCUCCAUUAGAAAUAAAUUAACAAAAGUAUAAAAAUUUCUGUUUCUUUUCAUGUAUUUAUUGUAACUCAUUAAAUUUAUUUAUAAAACCUGUUUGUUUCAUGCCUGUAGGUAUCAGACUAAAAUGGCUCCAUUUUUUUAUUUUAUUUUUUUAGGAUAAUGUGUUAAAUUACUUUAAAAUAAAUCACUGGAAAUAAAAUGAAAUGAAUAAAAAAGUCUCCUGCUUUA